GAGGAUGCCUCUGAAGAGCAAAGGGAAAGGGGGAAGUGGAGCAAAGCAGCAGCAGAAGAGAGACAGAGCAAGUGUCUGCACAAAUGCUGCCUUGGUGCUGGUGUUUGAGCUGGAGGUGUGCCCCAGCCAAGUUUUCCUGGGGCAAACAUCCCAAGGCAGGCUUCCCCUGGGCCAUUUAACAGCCCUUGGUGGCCCUGGGCCAGGCCCUUUUGAAGAGCUGCUCUUGACUCUGUCCCUUCCUUCUUCCCUCUGGCUGCAGAAAGCCAAGCUGAAGAGAAAUCACUGGAGAGACGUGACCUGGCAGGCAAAAGCUGACAAUGAAGGGCUCAAGUGGAGGCUGUAGGACCUGGAGAAGAGGUUUGAGCAGGCAUGGGAAGAAGACAAGUGAGACAUUCAUGAAGAAAUGACAUGACAAUAACAGGAGCUACAGAUGCAGACAGCAGCCCACAGCCAGCACUUGGAGGAAAAGGUGAAGAGUCUGGAGGAGCAGCUCACCAUCAGGCUCUGGGAGAGGCAGCAGACCCAGGAGAAUCCCACCCAGGCACUAGCAGAGAGGGACAGGACCAUCGCCCAGCUGCAGGACAGGCUCGAUGCCAUAGAGAGGGAGUAUGAGAAGAUACUCCACGGUAGCCUGGACCUUGUGCGCAAGAUGGCAGGGGCCAGCCAGCACUGGGAAAAGGCAGGAAUGACUAUCACCAUGGAGCACAAGGAGCACCUACAGGAAUUUGGCCUCAACACCCUGCAGAUAUAG